UUUUUUUAUAAGGAAUAUCAUGGUUUCAAUGUAAAAAGUAUGUCAAAUCAACUACAACCAUGAUCACAUACCUCCUAUCUCUCAACCAUACAACUAUACAUUCUCAUUUGCGAACUAUAUAAACACCUCUCUACUCUCUACUGCAAAUUACAAUCCAAUCUCCAGAACUGUCUCUCUAAAAGGACUACUUUAUAUUUAUGUAUAUUAAGAAUUAUUAAAAUAAAUAAUAGACACAAGAUAUAUAGAUAUCAAUGCAAGGAGGGAGCAGUAGUAGUGCCUGUGCAUAUAAAAAAGGGUUGUGGACAGUUGAAGAAGACAGAAUUCUAUUGGAUUACAUAAAGAUCCAUGGCAAGGGGAAGUGGAAUCGAGUUGCAAAACUCACAGCGCUGAAGAGAUGUGGCAAAAGCUGCAGAUUAAGAUGGAUGAAUUAUCUAAGUCCAAACAUCAAGCGUGGCAAUUUCUCUGAGGAAGAAGAUGAUCUUAUCAUUCGCCUCCAUAAACUACUUGGCAACAGGUGGUCGUUAAUUGCGGGUCGGGUUCCGGGUAGAACUGAUAAUCAAGUGAAGAACUAUUGGAACACUCAUUUGAGCAGAAGACUUGGUGUCAAGAAGGAGAAUUAUAAAGUUACUACUUCAUCUACAACCUUCUCUGGAGAAUUAUUAAGGAACAAUUCUGAUAAUCCAUCGAGUUCAAAUUAUAUAUCAAAUCCUAAUAAUAACAAUAAUGGCGGUACUGGCCGAAAUGCUGCUGAAGAUAGGUCCAAGGAAUUAGUUGAGCUCGCCAUCAAUCAAGAAGUGAAAAUGGCGGAUCUGGAUGAUAAUUCAUUUUUAUUUUUAAAUGAUAACUAUCCUGAUCUUUAUAACCCUAAUUUAUUAGAAAUGUAGAUGAAUCUCUUGAUUAUUUAUGGGUAUAAUUUUUAAACUCUCAUUUUGUAUGUAAAAACUCCUUGGCUUCGUAUGUGUUUGUCUAUUUGCUUAUUGCAGUUAAAUCUGGCAGUGAUUAAUCAAA